GCAUUAGGAAUGUUUGGAUGGCAUUAGGCACAUUUCUCCCUCGCUACUGCUUUUGUUUAAAUCAUGCAGAUCCCUGGUUCAGAACCUCACAUGUUCAUAUUUUUGCUCUUCCAAUGUCCUGUCCAGGCUGGAUUAUCUCAUCUUCCUACCAGCAGUUUUAUCCAUGUCGUUGUGCAAGCGCGUAUAUUUGAGCGGAUAUGACAAAUAUGCAGACGGUGGGUUCCAAUUUCCAACUGAAUUGGAAAAUCUCUGGUGAGUAUCUGCGUCAACACGACAAAUAUGCAACCGUGUUGAUGCUUCACGAGCAAGCAACUGCUGCAGUUCCUUCUGUGCCGAUUACAUUUGUAGCUCGACACUUUCCAACUUCGGUUCUUCUACAAGAGCAGCGCGAUGAGUUCAAGCCUCUAUUGCAUGCGCUGAAAGAAGAGAAAACAUCUCAGGCUACGUUAGAUAGGAUGCAGAUAGAGACUAAGGCCUCUCUCAAUGAAGAUUUAGACAUUGAUGGUUUCUACCAGUUGGUGAAGGACUCUGAGCACCAAUUGCGUAACUGCUCUGGUCUUUUGGAUGUAUUUUCAUCUUUACAAACAGGGGUAAAGUUGUCCGCACCUUUAACUGUGGAGCCUAUUACCACUGCUUCCAGUAAGCAUAUGGACAUCAAGCCCUCUGACGCAGUUGCGCUGGCUAAGAAAGCUUUGUCAGCCUCAAAAGAAGCAGUCUCAUUUGCUGAUGGCUCCAGAUCAAUGGGAGAUGAUUUUGAUGACUCCCUUUCUAUAGGUUUGGACAACUGGCUGGUUGAGGAUGAGAAAACUGUAAGGUCAACCCGACUUCUAGAGAGACGGCGAAAGCGACUUAAGAAAAAGAGGGUCUCUAAAUCAAAAGUUCUAAUUCAUGAGACUAACAGUCCUCCAAGUUCAGAUGUGCGGAGAAAGAUAAACGAAGGAUUUAAUCAAAAUGAUCCCCUGCGGUUGUUCUUGUGGGGUCCUGAAACAAAACAACUUUUGACUGCCGAGGAAGAGGCUGAACUGAUUGCCCGAGUUCAGGAUUUAUUUAAGUUAGAAGAAGUGAAGAAUAGACUUCAAUCACAGUUUGGUCGUGAACCAACUUUGGUUGAAUGGGCCGAAGCUGUUGGAAUUAGUUGUCAGAUCUUGAAAUCACAGCUUCGCUCUGGUACCAACAGCCGUGAAAAGCUGAUUUAUGCUAACUUACGUAUGGUGGUUCACAUUGCUAAACAAUAUCAAGGGCGAGGCCUUGGCCUUCAGGACUUAAUGCAGGAGGGAAGUAUGGGCCUUAUGAAGAGUGUUGAGAAGUUUAAACCUCAAGCUGGUUGCCGAUUUGCUACUUAUGCAUACUGGUGGAUAAGGCAAACAGUUAGGAAGGCCAUAUUUCAACAUUCCAGAACCAUCCGCUUGCCGGAAAAUGUGUACACCCUCUUGGGCAAAGUAUUAGAGGCAAAGAAAUCAUGUAUUCAGGAAGGAAAUCACAAUCCAAACAAAGAAGAACUAGCGAGACGGGUUGGAAUUACAGUUGAAAAGUUGCAGAAGUUGCUAUAUUCUACAAGAAUGCCACUUUCAAUGCAACAACCUGUCUGGGCAGACCAAGACAGCACUUUCCAGGAGAUAACUGCUGACACUGGGACUGAGAUCCCACAUGUGAGUGUAGAAAAGCAGCUUAUGAGGCAACAUGUGCGCCACCUUCUAGGCAUCCUCAACUUAAGAGAGAGACAGAUAAUCAGGCUAAGAUUUGGCAUUGAAGAUGGCAAGCAGAGAUCACUUUCAGAGAUUGGCAACAUGUUUGGGUUGUCCAAGGAGCGGGUGCGGCAGCUGGAGAGCCGAGCAUUCUUGAAGCUCAAGCAAUCCCUUGGUAGCCAAGGCCUCGGGGCUUAUGGUCCCUUACUUGUUUAGAAAUGCAGCACCUGGCUAUGGUAUCUACUCCGCUGGUUCAGAUUCCUGAUAUUUUUAAGGAAAUCUGGAGUUCAGCUGUUGAGGUCCAGGCUUUUGGAGGUGAAUGUACAGCAAGCUGUGGCUUGGAAUAUGAAGAACGUCCGAAUGAACAACUUAGGCUCGAGGAUCAAAACCUUGCGCUAGCAUGGGCUAGGUUUCAAUGCUUCAAAGUUGUAAUAUUGACUCUCGGUUUUCUUCUGGAGAAGAGGUGAAACUCUUUACUGUAACUUAAUUGUAUAUUUCUCACAUCUUUUAUUGAAAAGCUAGCACUCCUCAUUGAGGGGUGGCUGUUAUUUUUCA